CACAGCAUCCAACUUUGAUUCACGUACGCAGCGUCCCAAUCAACUCACAUGCUACGGCCAUGCGCCACUCUACUCCUCGCCACUCGUUGAGAUAAUUGCGCGCUCUCUCGACACACAUCAGGACUGCUCCCCCAGACCGAGGCCGACUCAUUCGCCAACUUCCCAAAGUCUUUGAUCAUCGGUGACCGCCUGGACCCUGCCCUGCGUUCCUGCCAACGCGAGCUCGAUACCAACAAUUGCACACUCCAGGACUGGCUUAAUUGGAUAUGAGCACAGCAUUCUAACGUCACCGCCUGCGAGAUAUCAACCAUGGCGUCGUCACAGCCCGAUGGCGUAGACACAUCUUCGCCACGUGUUGGCGUACUAGGCAGACUACGGCGCAACCGCGGUGCAGGUCAAUCAACGACCUCCUUGACAGCGAGCAUCACAGACGACACCGACACUCGACCGGACGAUAGCUCCAACAAGUCUCGGACGAAUUUGACUGUCGAGAAAGCACACAGUCAGCGUUCGCUUUCCGUCGAUGAGCGCCGCAGUAGCGUUGAUGUUCCUGGUCGGAGGCUGUCUGCAUUGCUUACCCGCAAAAAGAAGAAGCCAACAGACCAUGCCGGGAGUCCUAGUCUCAGCGGUUCUGUCAACCUUGGAUCCGAACUUGGUAGCCUUUCCUUGGGUGAUAAUCGAUCACAGUCCUCUUUACUUGAUGCGCGAGGCAGCGGAAGCAGCAGCCUAUUUACCGAUGACAAUUCCGAUCACGACAGCAAACCUCCCUUGACAUCACGACCCUCACAUGCCGGAUAUCUGACUACUUCUGCACCUGAAAUCACCUCCCAUACGCCAAACCAAAUACCAAAGCCUUCCAAAACAGCCGACUCGGCCCCGAAAGGCAACUCUACCGCGCCGCAACUUGUUGGUGCUGCAGAUGAGUUCGUAUUUCCCUCGUCAAAAGACUUGAUUCGGCCUGCUUCCAAUGCCGUCGAAAAAAAAUCUGUAAAGAGCAAGGAGACUGUCAGGAGCGAGGUUAUCAGCGAACCGGCAGAGAAUGAUACGGGAAAGCCUACAGCUCAUUCGCGUUUCAACGAUUCAACAGAGUCAACGAAGGCUCAAUCAGGAGAAGGUUCCGGCAAAACGAAAACUCCAGACAGCAGACGUGUAAAGGGAAUCCAUCCGAGCAGUGGUCAACCACUGAGGACUCUCACCCUGCCGUCUACUCCCCCGAAUCCUGAUCGUGCACCAGCCACCGUUGUCACUCCACCGACGCCUGUCCUAUUCUCCGACUCCUUUCCACGCUUGCCGGAAGUCUUGAGUGGCCAGUCUUUACGACCUCAAUCUGACGAGAAUCCACAAGGCAACGCGGGAGAUACUUUGAAGCAUCGGCGAGGGCAGUCAGCGACAUUCGCAGGGAAGAUAUCAAAUUCGCUCUUUGCCCCACUUACACCACCAAUUGAGGAAACAAAAACUCCUGGCGGAACUAUCGUUCAACCACCCUCAUCUGGUUUCUUUUCUUCUGUAUUUUCUGUAGCACAAAAGGCUGCCGACCAAUUGACGAACAGUAUCAACUUGGUUGCGGUGUCAUCGCCGAAACUUGAUAAUCCUGCAAAGCCAAGAGCUGAAGGCGACCAAGACAGUAUCCAGACUGCGAGUGUCAGGGGUCGAUCAGAGUCCAGCAAGAGUUCUGCACACCCAAUCACUGCAGCCCUUGGAAGAGGCAACCUCAGCCUGAGUAGUUUGGGCAUCGCCGACUCUCAUUCGGUCAGCCCGAUGGCCUCUACCGUCAGCCUGCUGCCUCAGGGCGACAAUGUACAGAAAGCAGAAAAUGGACGCAAAUUGGAACAAGAAGCGGCGGCGCGCGCUGUGUCAUCUGCAUACCAGAAAUCAGUAAACACGGCAUCGGGCAACAUAACAGGCGCCAAUAGCACUGGGCGACCGGCGUCGAUAAUCUCCAACGAGCAAUUCGACGUAGGUGGUGAUCAGACUCCUCCGAGGGCCGUCAAUGAUAACGACAUUAAAAGAUCCGCGAGUGUCCGCAGCACAGGAGCCGGUGGCCGCCGAAGACACCGUGCCAGCUCUGCCACGGCUGGUACCUCAAAUUCUAUUGCUGCGGCCAUCAAAGACAGCGGGAUCGGCCUUGCGAAUCCAGGACUCGCUCAUCGGCAAACAGGAUUUGCGGUCGCCAGCAGUAAACGAAAUCGAGAUUUCCAUCAACUAUUUCGAAGUGUGCCCGAGGAUGACUAUCUCAUCGAAGACUACAGCGCCGCACUGCAAAGGGACAUACUACUGCAUGGUAGACUUUAUGUUUCAGAAGGCCAUAUCUGCUUCUCUAGCAAUAUUCUUGGAUGGGUGACGAAUCUUGUUAUCAGCUUCGAUGAGCUCAUGUCUGUGGAGAAGAAGAGUACUGCGGUCAUCUUUCCCAACGCGCUUGUCAUCUCCACGCCGCAUGCGCGCAACACGUUCGCCAGUUUUGUCGCUCGUGAUUCGACUUACGAACUGUUGAUAGGGAUUUGGAAAACCAAUCACCCUAAUCUCAAGAGCUCACUCAACGGUGUCAUGUUAGACAAUGCCGGUACUGGCGACAAGACAGAACUUGCGGAUCCCGACGAUUCCGACGGCGAGAGUGAUGAAGGCUCAGAAGAUGAGAUUUACGAUGAGGACGAAGAAGAUGAGGUCGGCAGCUACACUGACGCAGGUGCUGGUAGUGCAGCAGCGAGUGAGGCCGGUGAUACACCUGUCAAUCGAAAAGUGUCCGGGAAUGCCACGCCCUUCCCACCACUUGGCAGCACGACAACGCUCAUGAAAGGGGUCGACAAUAACGAUGCAUCUGGAGCUACAGCACCCGCAGGCGGUGACUUUCCCGGUCCGGCCACACAUGCCCCAACGGAGUGUACCGAGGGCGCAGAGCAUUACGAAAGACCUUUGAUCGAUACGACCAUUCCGGCUCCACUUGGAAAAGUAUAUUCGCUUAUUUUCGGUCCCGCAUCUACUGCUCUCAUGCGAAAAUGGCUUGUGGACGAUCAGAAAUCCCGCGAGUUGAAUUAUCCCGAAGGUGGCUUGGAUAACGACCACAAGACCUUUUCUUAUAAUUACAUCAAGCCUCUCAAUGGUCCAGUGGGUCCUAAGCAAACCAAGUGCAUCACGACUUGUACCCUCACGGCCUUUGAUCUCGAUCGGUCCGUUUCUGUCGAUUGCAGUACUCAAACUCCUGAUGUCCCAAGCGGAAAUGUCUUUACCGUCCGAACACGAUAUUGUCUUAUGUGGGGACCUGGCAACUCUACCCGUAUGAUCGCCACAUGUACGAUCGAAUGGUCGGGAAAGAGUUGGCUCAAGAGUGUCAUUGAUAAAGCCUCAAACGACGGCCAAUUGGAAUACGUCAACAGUCUCAUCGCAACAGUCCGCGCUGCUGUUGCCUCGAAAGGCUCGAAAGCUGGCGCAGCCGGUCGCAAAGGUCGCCGAAAAGGCAAGAAGGACCCCUCCGAUCUCGACGAAGCUUCUGGUAUGCGCAAUGUUAUUACCACAAACGACAUCAAGGCGCCCAAUUGGGGCAUUCUGGAACCUAUCCAUCCCAUCGUCGAACCCGUCUUGGGCCUGGUCCGCCCAUUCAUCACCUCUCAAGUCAUAGUCGCGGUGCUCUUCGUCCUCCUCACCUACUCCUGGAUCUUCCCCCCUUCCCGCUCCGCUUCAUCCCUCAACUCCUCUGCGCUCUACACCUCUCGUGUCGACCGGCUCGCCGCCUACGAGGAGCUCUGGCAACGAGAAGAAAGCUCCCUAUGGGACUGGCUCGAAGACCGUGUCGGUCUCGAUGGCUUGGACGCCGUACCAUUUUCCAGCUCAUUCGACCCCAUCGGUACGGCAGCUAGCAACAAGCAGAAAGUCCAUGCGAGCUCGGCGGCGGCGGCGAGGAGUGCGCUCGGCAAGAAAUUGCAGAGCGAACGCAUGAGCGAGAGAGAGAUGGACAGCGCGAUCCGCACGACGGAGGAGAAACUUCUUGCGCUGAAAGAGGCUGUCAGAAGAAAGAGGAAAGACGGCGGUCUCGAUGAGAUCGUCUCCUCACCUGUGGCGAAGUGAACCCUCUCCCCUCUGUCUUGGAAAUUACCUGUGUAUUUCUGUUCUUCCCUUGCCUCAUACUACUACUGCCGUUUUGUAUUCUACGAUGUCCAUGACGAUCCGCAAUUGUAUUGCAGCAGCAGCAGCAUUUAUUCGUUUAGUCCUGGUGUUUCGGUGGUCAUGGGGCGUUCCGGGGGAGUGAUGCUCUUCUGUUGUCUUCAGGUUUCGACAGCCAUCAUCGGCGACGGGGCGAGAUAUGCCCGGGGUUGUUCUUUUGUGUUCCAACAUCAAUCAUUCUCGUAUCGUCGAUCGAAAAGUCUUCCUGUACACACUUCUACCUUCGAUUUGCCUGUGAACCCGUGACGUGCAGGCCACCUUUCAGUCUGCACUUUCAAAUCUUCAAAACAAUUGUGAGGGGAGACUACGCCAUUUUGGGCAAGAAUGCAAG